AAUCACUCGCAGCUUUGACCUCGAGUCAAGACAUCGUAUACUGCGUCCACGAACCCACAAACAGGAUCUAUUGUGCGUGCGACCCUGUCAGCUAUGACCGGAACGCAAGCCGAGUGCAUAGCGAGAUGUCGAGCUCGGAAGGGUCGCCGCCCUCGAGCAAGCAUGACCCAGCUGGCUUUAUGCGUUGUCGAAUCUUCAGCUUCGGGUAGCCGUCAUAACGGGGACUGCUCUAGACGCCCGUGUUUCUGGGUUGAGCUGAUAUCGAAAGGUCACAUGCGAUCAGUGAUGUCCGAACAUGUAGUGGAUCGCUAUCAGUGUAUACAGUUUCAUCAUCAAACAUCGUCGUCACAAUCUUCGAUUCUCGCAGCAUAUUGUGAAUCGACGAGCAUCGAUAGCUUCACGGAAGCCCGGCUCUGCGAUCUUCGAAGCCGUCUCUAUGACGAACGAAUCUGUUGAAUGACACGAUACACAUCAAAGAGCACUAAUCAGCCGGUAGCAUUGAGAGUCGCCGCAAAUCGCAAGGGCAAACGUCACUUUGAGAUAUCCAC